GUCUUGCGAUUAGAUAAUUUUGACAACCAGUUCAACGAUUCAAAAGUUGAUGAAAACAUGAUUGUGGUCGCGUAUCUCACAAAACUAGCUUUGUUCAGUUGAUCAAGAACUGCUAAAAGUGUUAAAAUACACAGAAAUGUAUAAUGUCGGUCACGGAUCCGAUUAUAAAGGAAUUAAAAGGUUGGACUCUCAAAUUAACCAAAUGUGGAACAGACAUUGGAGACGAAAAUGAAGAUUUACCUUUCUUUUGUAAAAGUAUAGAAGCAUGUUUUCAAAGAGAAGUUUUGUCUCGCCUGAAUGCAUUUGGAUUUCCCAAAUUACCCGAAGCUUGGUAUUGGUUAGAAGAAAUCGCUGAUAGAAAUGACAGCUCCCUUUUUGCAUUUACAUCAGCAGUAGAAAAUGUCCGAGAGAAUUUAAAGAUACAAAAUCCCAUCGGUCGAUUACGAUUAUUGAUACGAACCUGUUUAACUCGAAGGUGCCUGCAUUUGCCAGUGCAAUAUAUCAUAAGAACCCACCAUUUAUCCUCGCUGGAAUAUUACUCACAUAAUAGUAUCCUGGGAGAUGAAAUCCUUGGCGAAAUAUUUCUCUCGGUGCUUUUGCAAAUCAGUAAAAUCUACUUUAGAUUGAAUCUCAGAAAUGCCAGCUUUUUAGAUGAUACUUGGCAGUUACCAGAAUGCAUUUCAGCCGAGUUCGUGCCUUGCAAAUCUUUAGGAAUGUCGGUUUGCUUCACGAAAGGAAGAGCUCUGAUUAUUAAACUCGAGGAAAAUUCUGUUGCUGGAGAAAAUGAAGAAAUAGAAGUUGGAGACGUUCUAGAUGAAAUAAAUGGAAAUGUCAUAACUUCUAACACCAGAGGAAGAUUGAGAAAAAUUAUGAGAAACUCCUCCAGCCGUCCUUUAUCUUUACAUAUCGUUAAACAUCGAAGCAAAAAGUCAAAUGAUAUCUUCGAACCGAUUGUGGGAUUGAUAAAAAGUUCCGGAAUAGACAAAAUGAAAAAUUUAUUAAAAGCUUCACCUAAGUCCGGAGAAUCGCAUGGCAAAACUUCUCAAUUCAAUGAAACUGAAAAUAAGGUACCGAGUUCUGGGUUUUUCGUAAAGUAUUGUGGUUCGAUAUCUACAGGCACAGAAGGUGAUGUGAAGCAAAUUGAAAGGGCAAUUUGGAAUUUACUGAGAUCUGCGGAAACGAAAUUAAUUCCCGUUAAAUUCGAGUGCCUUGAAAUUGGAAUCAAAGUGACCCUAGAUUCCAACGGAACGAUAAUUUUUCAACAAAGUUACAUGGAGAUUUCAUCUUGUGGGCGUACAUCAAACAUUCCUAAUUAUUUUGCGUUUAUAGCAGGAGAAACAAACUGCAGUGUAGCUACUAAAUUUGAUGCUCAUGUAUUUUUUCAUCAAAAAGAAAACGAGGUGCAAACAAUUUUACAAAGUCUAGGACAAGGAUUUCAACGAACACACUUUGCUGUUUAAACUUUAAGAAAAAAUCAGACACUUAAAAAAAAUAGCCUAUAGGUAAAAAAAUUUUUCGACCCUAUAUAUAGAGUAUAAUUUUAUUAAUAAGAAUAUGUAUGUCCAUAGUCAAU